AUGUCAACCUCCGAUUUUACGAUGAGCCCGGUGGCGUGGCUAUUCAUUUCCAUGUUCGCCGGAGUUAUCCUGAUUCUCGCCAUCGUCUAUCUUUUUGCGCUCAAGAUCCAACACGACAAGAAGAAAGCAGCUCGAAAAGCAGAAGACGACCGAAUCUUUGGUAACACUAUCGCAAACCCCAUCGUGGCAUAA